AUGAGUAAACGUAAAAACGAGGAAAGUGAAAUUGUAAUUUAUUCCAGUCCUGUCAAGCAGCAGUGCGUUGCGAAUGAUGUUCGUGAAACGGAGAAAAUUUUACGCGAGUUAUCAUUGUUGUUUCCGGAAGAAAAAUUCCUCAAACGAGUUCCCCGUGUUGUUAUGAAGCACAUGAUCUACAGUCGGAUUUCAAAUCGAACGGUGGUUGACAAAGAAAUUGAUGAGUUAACUCAAAAUGGAGUCAUUAGACUAUUCAAACUGGGAAGCGAAGAAGAAUCUCUAGCUGUUUUGUUUAUGGACCAAUACAAAGAAAUUAUUAACAGGAAAUGUUCAGACUUGUCAUUAGCAAAGAAAUUUAUCAGCAAGAUUCUUGACAGAAUCAAAGAAACUACUUUAGAAAAAGAAGCUCUUAUCAGGACUGAUUUCAGUGAAGAAAAUAUUAAGUUCAACUUUGAUCCAUGA